AUGGCUGCUACUCAGCUGGUUUUCUUGUUCCUGAGCUGUGAUGUCGCAGAUACGCUCACGAGGCUUGACGUACCUGGCGGUGGCUUCCUACCUGGCCUAACACUGCGGUCGCCUAAUCGCCAGUCUGGUCAAACAAGAAUAGAUGGCCCAGCUUUUGCCGUCAAGUGCUCGUCCGCCAGGGAAGGAAACGCAACCCUUAAAGCUGGUACCGGGCACUUUGUAAGUUUCUGCGAUAGACUGCAUGAACUGAACAUACUGAUGGAUCAUCGUGAUCGCCUUCAGUUGGAAAGCGUCCCAAGAGGUGCCGUGAUCCUCAUCUUUUGUCCCGAGAAUACCAUCAAUUAUUGCUGGGGAGGGCUGACCACCCGAAGAGCACAGGCGCUUGAGGCUGUUGGUACCGUGAUUGAUGGGCGGAUGAGAGACCUUGAAGAGCUUCGCGAGCUGGGAGGCCUGGUUUCUGGUCGCGAUGUGGCUCCCACACCUCCUCAUGGUGUCCUUCAUGUCGGCGAGCGAAUAUUUUUCUUGUGGUCAUAUACCUUACCCUACUUUCUUAUUGUUGUCGUCAUCACUGUUUUCGUGGUUGUGACUAUCAUCAUCGUCGUCGUCAUCGUCGUUAUUACUAUCUUUAUCGUCGCUUUCGUCGACGUCGUUGUCGUGAUUAUCAUUAUCAUCGUCACUAUCGCGGUCUCUUUUCUCAUCAUCUCUCGGAAGCCCGUCCAAGCGACUAACUUGAUCGGAUCAAUGAGUCGGUCACAAUCUCAUAAGAUGACUGAGAUACCAUCAUCCAGCCGGAAGACUGGCUUGUUAGCGACUUGA